AUGGCACAUUUCAGCUUGCCCGGCCACUAUACUCUCGGGGGUUUCUUCCCCAUUUACUCUGUGGCCGUCAACCUCGCUAACCGCACCAGGCCGGAGCCGGUGUCCUGUGAGAUGUUUUCUCUGGAUGGCUACGAGUGGGCAUUGGCCAUGACAUUUGCGAUCGACGAGAUAAAUAACGCUAGCUCGCUACUCCCGGGCGUCACCCUGGGCUAUGAGAUCUACAACUCCUGCCAUGACUUCCUGGUUGCAGUCCAGCCAACCAUGAGGUUUAUGUCCGGCGCAGACAACAGCAUCGCAGUACUCCAGGACUAUACCAGGUACCAGAGCACCGCCAUUGCCAUCAUCGGCCCGGCUACCUCUGAUCUGGCCAUAAUCCUGGGCACCGUGUUUGGCCUGAUGCUGAUCCCUCAGAUUAGCUACGGGGCGUCAAGCGAGACGCUGAGUAACAAGGACCUCUUCCCCUCAUUCCUCCGCACAAUCCCAAGCGACAAGAAUCAGGCGGAAGGGAUGGUGGCUUUGGUGAAGACCUUUGGCUGGAACUGGAUUGCGGUGGUGGGCAGUGACGACGAGUACGGGCGGCAGGGGAUUGAGCUGUUCUCAGUCAGAGCCGCUGUGGAGGGCAUCUGCAUUGCUCAUAUCCACCUAGUCCCCAGCUAUAACAGUGUGUCCAGCGUCGAGCUAAAAAUGGCCACCAUCAUCGGCCACAUCCAGCAGAGUCAAGUCAAUGUCAUCGUUCUCUUCUCUAAUGAGAAGGUGGCUCUGACUCUGCUCAGGUACGCUCUGAAGCACAAUAUCACCGAUAAGGUCUGGAUAGGAAGCGAGGCUUGGGUCACCUCCAAUGUGAUGGUCCACACCCCGGGGUUGGGCAACGUCGGGACCGUGAUCGGCUUUGUCAUCCAAAGCAGUACAAUGCCCGGCUUCCAGCAAUACAUCUCUAACCUCCUGACGGCCAUGGACAGACAGCAGAGCUCUGUGCACACCCACUCCCCCACCAUAUCCCUCUGUUUCUCCUGUCUCAACGUUUCUGCCGAGAGCCUGAUCAAGAGGCUGGACUACCUUGAGAAGCGGCAGUCAUUUAACGUGUACACGGCGGUAUACAGUGUCGCUCACGCGCUGCACCAGCUGCUGGGCUGCGACUCAGGGGGCUGCAGGGACUCUCCCCGCCCUUACCCCUGGCAGUUGCUGGAUGAAGUGCGCAGAGUUGCCUUUGAGGUAGGGAACAGAAGUAUUCAAUUCGACAACAACGGAAAUCCCAAAACCAGCUACGAAAUUAUCCUUUGGAAAGUGAGCGUUGAAAAGCUAUUGUUAUCGGUGAUCGGAAGCUACAGCGGAUCCCUGGACAUCAGCCCCUCACACAUAGAUUGGCACACCGAGACCGAGGAGGUGCCGGAAUCCUAUUGCUCGAAGGAUUGUGUCCGAGGUCAGAUGAAGAAGGCAAAAGGUCUGCACUCGUGCUGCAGUGAAUGUAUUGACUGUCCGGAGGAUACCUUCCAAAACGCCUCAGACGUCAGUCAGUGUAUUAACUGUCACUACGAGGAGUGGUCCCCGGCUCGGAGCUCUGCGUGCUUCCCGAGGAGCCCUCAGUACCUGGCGUGGAGCUCACCCAUGGUGGUGCUGCUGCUGCUGUUAGUGUCUCUCAGCCUGGCUCUGACAGGGCUCAUGACUUACCUUUUUGUGUGCCACUCCGGCACGCCCAUGGUCAAGGCCAGUGGGGGCAGGAGGACCUUCGGCACACUCACCUCUCUGGCAAUGGCGAGCUGCAGCUCCUUCCUGUACCUCGGGGAACCCACCGAACACACCUGCAAAAUACAACAGCCGGUGACCAGCAUGUGUCUCAGUUUCUGUAUGUCCACCCUCCUCGGGGAGUCUCUGCAGAUUCUCCUCACACUCGAGCUGGGCAGCCUGACCAAGGGAUGUCUGGGUGUCCUGAAGCACAGAGGCAACCAGCUGGUGGUGCUGCUCAGCCUGGUUAUCCAAGUUUCUCUGUGCUACUGGUGGCUGACCACACCAGGCCCGUUCCUCAUUAAGCUGCGGGAGAGCAACAAGCUGCUGCUCUUCUGUAAGAACCACGAGGAAACCAGCUUCUGGCUGAUGCUGGCGCACAGUGGCUUCCAGUCUCUGAGCUGCUUCAUGUGCACCUUCCUCAUCCAGAACCCAGCCAAUACCUACAAGUUGGCUCGAGACAUCAGCCUGGCCAUGCUACUGUACUUCUUGGCUUGGGUGGCCUUCAUUCCAACCUAUUCGGCUGUGAGCAGCAUAUAUGCUCCGGUGGUGGAGGUUUUCACUGUCCUCGGCAGCACCUUUGGGAUCCUUGGAGCAUAUUUCGUCCCCAAAUGUUGGAUCAUUCACUUUAAGCCACAUUGUAACACAGAGGCUUACUUUCAGGUUUAUAAGCAGGAGCCUCCAACGUCAAUGAGCAAUGAAAAGGAAAAGGGGGUUGAUUCUCUUUAA